AUGGAAGAAAAUAAUUCUUAUACUUAUGAUGAUCAUCAAACAAAAAAUCGAAAUGAAGGACAUGAAAAACACGAAACAUAUUCUUAUAUCGAAUCAGAUUCUAUUGAUCAUUUUUCUAUUGAACGUCAUCCACAAGAAGAAACUCUUUCAAGAACAAGUCAAUCUUUUAUUCAAUCAGUCGGUAUACCCAUUAUUAUACCAAAACCAAAUUUAAAUAAAUCAGCUCCUAUACAAACAACAGUUUCACUUCAUUCUUUUUCAAGUAUUGAUUCAUCAGCUGAAAUGGCUAAAUACUUUCCUGAUGCUCAGACACCUUCUUUAUCACCAUUUAGACAUCAUCAAGAAGAUUCAAAUCAACAGAUACAAUCAACGGUAACAACAAUAACACAUGCUAUUACAGAUAAUAGCACUAUCAAAUCAGGUCCUUAUGCAAUACCAUCAGCUCCAAUAACCGUACAACAAUCACUCGCUCAACCUAUUCGACCUUCAACUGUAGUAGAACACUCUGUUCAAACACCAGUUGAAACAAAAGUUUUAUCAGGUAUUCCAAGUUAUUCAUCACAAAUAGAAGGAUUAUCUAUUCCACAAGCUAUUGUUAAUGAUGUUAUUGUUGAUCUUCAAACAAAAGUUCUCAAUGAAUCUCAACAACAAUAUUAUAGCGAUUCAUCAACUCAAAACUAUUAUGAAUCACUUUUUCCGAUUUAUAUUCGAUCACCAAAUCCAACUAUUAUUCUUCGAUCGGAUCUUCCUCGUCUCCGUCAUACACUUAUUCCUGAUCGACCAGUGAUCGUUGGUCCUCUUCAAGUUUUCCACCUCCUCCGCAAUAACAUUAUUCAUCAGAAAACAAGAAAGAAUAUCGAAAUCCAACAUAGAUCAAUAUAUAGAUUCUAA